AUGUCAACUCCGUCGACACUGGUGCAGACUGUCCCCCACCAGCAUCUCGACCACCACCGCUAUCUGCCCUCGCCGCAGGACCGAUUCCUGCCGCCGCCGCGUCCGUCGAGCAACGGAUAUCACCACAAUCCGCUGCCGAGUAUUCCCGCCAGACCCUCCAGCAAUCUCAGCCGCCAGCUUCCACCGCCGCCUCCCGAGAGCAGCGGUAUGAGCGCUUCUUAUUCGCACAACCACAACCAAAAUCACCGUCACAGCCACAGCCAGUCACACGCCGGGUCCGAGUACUCUUAUCCACAUCACACUCAUGACGAAUUGAGGCGCACUGACAGCCGGUCAAGCCAGCAGCACAGCCGGCAGUUGCCCCCACCGCCCAUGCUGCAGCACCACCAGCAGCAACAGCAACAGCAACAGCACCAUUUGCAGGCUUCAUCCCCCUCACGUGCACUCCCCGCGGUCCCAACCGACGCAAUGCCGCCCGCGCAGUACAAUGAUCUUGACAGACACGGCAGUUCRGAACGAGGGCGUAAGCGCAGGCAAAAGUCUCCCGUGGACUGGGUGGCCUUCUUUGGCGGCAAGCCUCCUACAGAAAUCAUCGAGAUUCACGACGAUGACAGUCCGGCUCCGCCAGCGACAAUCCAGCGCUUGCCGCCGCCAGCCACUAACGGCGCUUCUCACUCCCACCAUGUGGACAAGAAGAGGCGGGUCAACGGCGGCAGUGGUGAUGCACAUGGCUACAGCACCACCAACACACCUUACUCUUACACCAAUGGAACUUCGGCAGACAGUCUUCAGGCCACGACUGCGCCAACAUCACUCGGUUCCCAGGCUAGUACCGCAGGCCGAGUAGACAACACGCAGACAGCUGGCCAGAAGCGGAAACGCACAACUCGGACAACCGAUGCCGCGCUAAAGAAGGAGGAAGCUGAGCGCGCGGGACCCCAGGGCUAUUUGGCCGAGUACGGCGAAUAUCACCCACCAACAAAGUUGAGCAAGAAGCAGAAGGAUGUUGUAGUACCGGCGAUACACGAUCGGCAUAAACCCUCAGAUAAGAUUGACGACGAGGAUGGGCAUUACAUUGUGCACGAGAACAGCCGCCUGGGCGAGAAAUACAACCUUUUGAACCUUCUCGGCCAGGGCACGUUCGGCAAGGUUGUGCGAGCGAUUGAUAUUCGCAAUCGUAAGGAGGUCGCUGUCAAAAUCAUUCGAGCUGUUCCCAAAUACCGCGAUGCUAGUCGCAUCGAGCUUCGAGUGCUGAAGACCCUCCGAGAGGCCGAUGAGCACAAUCGCAAUCGAUGCAUUCAGCUACGUGACUGCUUCGACUGGAGAGGCCACAUCUGCAUUGUCACACCCUUACUUGGUCUUUCCGUCUUUGAUUUUCUCAAAGGCGGUGGCUUCGUACCAUUCCCAAGCUCACAUAUCCAAGCGUUUGCCCGUCAGCUGCUCGGAUCGAUUGCCUUUUUGCACGAUCUCAACCUCAUCCACACGGAUCUGAAGCCCGAGAACAUCCUCCUGUUGAAUCACGCAUACCAAACAUUCACAUACAACCGGAAUAUCCCGUCAUCUAGCACGUUGACGUCGCGAUCCGCAAAGUUUAGGAGAGUGCUUCUCAGUCCGCAAAUUAACCUCAUCGACUUUGGCAGCGCAACGUUUGACGAUGAGUAUCACUCCUCGGUCGUCAGCACGCGGCAUUAUCGCGCGCCCGAGAUCAUAUUAGGGAUUGGAUGGUCGCACCCGAUUGAUCUUUGGUCACUGGGCUGCAUUUUGGUAGAAUGCUGGACAGGAGAUGCUUUGUUUCAGACCCACGACUGUGCGGAGCACCUCAGCAUGAUGGAGGCCGUGACUGGGAAUCCCAUCGAUCGUGCCAUCAUCCGCGAGGUCAAUCGCGUGGGCAAGCGCAACGAUCGAACUUCAGCAGCCCGCUUCUUCAAGGGCGGACAAUUGCAAUAUCCAAUGCCCGACACACCUCGCCAAUCUAGAAAAUUCGUGCGAGGAAUGAAGCGGCUGGACGAGAUCAUUCCGCAGAACAACGCCUUCAACAAGCUCUUCCUUGACCUCCUACGCAGGAUUUUUGUCUACGAUCCGAAAAAGCGCAUCACAGCGCGGGAGGCUCUCAAGCAUCCCUGGUUUUCCGAGCUGGUGGAAGAUGAUGGAACCGAGGCGACACGCAUCAGGCUUGAGAGGGAGAGGACAGCAGAUCAAGCGGAACGCGGUGGCGCGCGAUAA